AUGUGGACUAAGGGGCAGGAAGAUGCAUUGAAGGCGGCUAAGACUGGACAUAACCUUUGUAUAUUUGGGAAGUCAGGUGGGUACUACCAAGUAAAGUAUUAUUACGUACAUGGUGUGGACAUGGUUAUGCUUGAAACGUGCACAAUUGAAAAUAAUUUUUGGAUUAUAUAUUUUUUCUUUUCCUACGACAGGAUGCGGAAAGUCAACCAUUAUAAAAGAAAUUAAUAAGACCCUUACGCAAAGCGGGAGAGUAUGCAAGAUUGUGUGUCCAAGUGGGGUAGCUUGCAAGGUUUACGAUGAAUUGGCAGCGACUGUCCACUCGUUUUAUGGCCUGCAAACUGCAGAAUUACCAGCGCCGUUGGUCAUGCAACGAUCACUUCAGCGAAGCGAUGUCGUCAACCAGAUACAGUCUGUGGACGUUUUAGUUUGGGACGUGAUUUCGAUGUCAAGUUUACGGAUUUUCCACAUCGUAGAUCUGCUACAUCAGAAAGUUCGGAACAAUUCACUUCCCUUUAGUGGGAUACAGGUGAUACUAGGAGGCGACUUUUGCCAGCUAAAGCCGAUCCAAAGUUUGUUAGACCCUGGAGAUCCAAUCAAUAAAUCUGUUCUUUUUGGCGCGGUUUUCCCGCAUAGAAUUGUUUUGGAGAAGAUUAUGAGGCAAAGUGAGUUUGAAGGGGAUUUUAAGAAAGCUUUGGACAGUUUGCGAAUGGGGGUAUGCGAUGUUGACACGGAAGCAUAUCUUCGUGGUUUGUCAAGACGCUGUGUUGAUAUUGGAGACAAUGUACCACCACCUAUCCAUAUCUUUUUCAAGAAGUUACCUGUAGAAGUGCACAAUUCCUAUAUGUUAUGGACUGGCCUCUUGAAAAACACUGUCCCUAAGGUUUUAAUGCUGAAACGUGGUUGUAAGGUAAUGCUUUUAUUCAACAUUUCAAAAUCGUUAACCAAUGAAACUUUGGGCACGUUCAUUGAUGCAGAUCAAACAGACAGUAAGAACGAAAGUCUCCUGAUCAAAUUUCCCAACGUUGGAGUGGUUUCCAUUCCUCGGAAAACUUGGUACGCAUACAGGAAACAUGGGCAAGUUCAAGCAUCUCGGACACAGUUUCCCUUGAGCCUUUCAUAUGCCAUCACCGUGCACAAAGCACAGAGCGCUACGCUGGAAAGUGCUGUCGUCCAUUGCAGCCAGGAGUUUGACGCUGGUCAAACGUAUGUAGCGUUGUCGAGAGUCAAAUCCGAAGAAAGGCUUCAAGUUAUCGGCUUCCAGAAACGAUUUCUGCUAAAGCAACCGGCGCAUAUCGAGCAAAUUCACAGCGCGCAGCACGGUGAUCCUGUCUCGUCAUUCACGUGUUGUAGAAAUAAAGUACUGGAGAGUACCAAUUGUGAGUUGGAUCGUGAAGAAGUCCAUCACUGA